CGUGACACGUGUGUAUCUCAUGAAUAUCACACACAUCUUCGCAACUCAGUUCUGUUGAAGAGUUACGCUGCUUCACAAGAAACAAUAACUUUGUGCAACAAACUUCCAGAAGCAUUCAAAUCGUUUAGUCGAUGAUUCAAAUCAAAGAAUCUAGAGAUCUCCUGUAUCAAGAUCGCGAAGUGUGAAGAGUUAGUUGAACACGCGGCGAUCCGGCGAAUAUUUGCCAACUUCUAUCACAAGUCCUGCUAAGAACUUAGAUUAUCGUCUUCUUCGGGACGGUAACCUUUUAACUCUUCAUCAUUGACAUAUCUUGAUUUACUUUCGUUUAAGUUUUAAGCUUCAAACAACCUAAUCUAAUCGAAAGAUCCGGAAAGAGAAAUUUUCAUCAUUGUCACGAGGCCAAAAAAUGGCGGAAUAUCUGAUUAGCGGUCACACAAGUUACGUACCAGAGGACGGCCUCAGCGCAAACCAGUUGUUUGAAAGCGGCCAAGGUUUAACGUACGAUGAUUUCCUUAUUUUACCUGGCUACAUCGAUUUCACAGCGGAUACUGUUGAUCUUGCAUCGGCGCUCACAAGAAAUAUUUCUCUGAAAACACCACUUGUUAGUUCACCGAUGGAUACCGUGACAGAAUCUAAAAUGGCGAUUGCAAUGGCUUUGCAUGGAGGAAUUGGCAUUCUCCAUCAUAACUGCAGCGUGGAAUUUCAAGCCAACGAAGUACGCAAAGUGAAGAAGUUCGAACAGGGAUUUAUAAGCGAUCCCAUCGUGCUCAGCCCGCGUAACACCGUGCGUGACGUCAUGGAAAUUAAAAAGAAACAUGGCUUUUCUGGAAUACCGCUGACAGAUACCGGUCGUCUUAGCGGUGUCUUGGUUGGAAUUGUCACAUCACGUGACAUUGAUUUUCUGGCUGAACAUGAAUAUCAUUUGAAGCUGGACAAAGUUAUGACACCGCGUGAUCAGUUGAUUGUGGCCCAGGCCGGAUGCACUCUGAAAGAGGCCAAUCAAAUCUUACAGAAGAGCAAAAAGGCCAAGCUUCCCAUCGUCAAUGAUAAAGGAGAGCUAGUGUCUCUCAUGGCGCAUACAGAUCUGAAGAAAAACCGCGAUUUCCCAUUGGCGUCCAAAGAUGGGAAAAAACAACUUUUAGUCGGAGCUGCCGUGGGCACGCGUGAGGAGGAUAAACUCAGAAUUGAGGCUCUCGUUCAAGCUGGGGUCGAUGUUGUUGUGCUGGACUCGUCCCAAGGAAACUCCAUCUUCCAAAUCAAUCUUUUAAAGUACAUCAAAUUAAACUACCCGGAUCUACAAGUAAUAGCCGGAAAUGUCGUAACCGCUGCUCAGGCCAAAAACCUGAUAGACGCAGGCGCAGACGCUCUUCGAGUGGGAAUGGGAAGUGGGUCAAUUUGUAUUACGCAAGAGGUUAUGGCAGUCGGUCGGCCCCAGGCCACUGCUGUAUUCCGAGUGGCAGAGUAUGCACGAAGGUUUGGAGUGCCUGUGGUUGCCGAUGGUGGAAUUAGAAAUGUGGGUCACAUUUUAAAGGCGCUGUCACUUGGAGCAUCGACUGUCAUGAUGGGUUCGCUCCUUGCUGGGACCACAGAGACACCUGGAGAGUAUUUUUUCUCGGAUGGCGUUCGUCUGAAGAAGUAUCGAGGUAUGGGCUCACUGGACGCAUUGGAGCACGGAUCAAGCCAGAGUCGUUACUUUGUGGAAAGCAACAGACUGAAAGUAGCGCAAGGGGUGUCGGGAACGGUGCCAGACAAGGGAAGUGUCCAUCGCUUUGUUCCAUACCUCUACGCGGGUAUUCAACAUGGCUGCCAAGAUAUGGGCACCCAGAGCCUCACCGCCACUCGAUCCAUGAUGUACAGCGGUCAACUCAAAUUUGAAAAAAGGAGUCCGUCGGCACAAAAGGAAGGAGGCGUCCACGGUUUGCAUUCAUACGAAAAGAGGUUAUAUUGAUGGUCAGAACAAUAUUUGUGAACAUACUAUGUGGCGUUGCUGGAAACUUUCGUCACAGUUGCUUGCGAAGUGACCUAAAGUUGUUGUCUUUAAUGCACGAACGGUUUUACCUCACUGUCGAAGUGACACACUUUACAGUUGUAUGAUACUUCAACACCUUUCCUUGGUUUCGAAAGUUACCCCAUCGAAAGCUUGUUCCUCUUGUCACGGCGCUACGUGAGAAUCAAAGACUCACAUAGAGAGUUCCUUACCAGUUUUAUAAUUGUGCGAAAUGUAUCGCAUUUGCGUGAUGCUCAGUUACUUUGAGAACCUUAGCUGAAUUGACUGUUGUGUGACAUUAAUUGAAACUGAACUGUUGUGUGACUUGAUACGAGUCUUUGUGAGUGUCGUUAUCUCUGUCCAGUUUUUCUAGGGCGCGAACAGAGAAUUAUAGGAUGUCUGUGCUGUUUCGAAAUGUUAGAUUUAAUUACGACUAAAAAUUUUGAUUUCUAUUA